CGAUCUUCACUCUUCUGCUACAUCGCGCGCUCUCUCUCUCUCCCCUCCCAUCAUCUCUGUAUCGCUCACUGAUCCCACAGUGUAGUAAAGCGGAUAGGCAAGCUUAACAAACAGCGGAAUCUUUUCAGAACAGACAUCGACAGAGCUCAGAGCUCAUCAUUUCCUAGCCCCUGUUCCCUGCGACAAGUGAAUUUCAAGCCAGGCUUAAAUACUGCAGCAUCAGGACGCUUAUGUGUGAAGUCCGCAGUCACAGUCACAUCUGGUUCAGCAAUCACACCUGAUCCACAGCAUAAUCUGGCCUGUGGAAGAGAAGGAGAAUACACUGCCAAUAACAGAAAGGAGUAACAUCAGAUUUGACGGAAAAGCUGUCCAUCAACUUAAACUCAAUGUUAAAGAUGCAUCAUGCAGCAUUGCAGCUAUAUCAAACCUGAAAGGGAAAUGAGAAAAUGAGGAAAAACCAUGACAACCCUACAGCUUUGACAGCCCAGGAACAACUCCAUGUGUGAAGAAUAUUUUGCAUACUUUCACUUACAAAUCCAGCUUCCACUUUGUUUUUAAACACCCCCGUCCUUCAUCUCCCAUUAUGAAGAGUAAAUUGACUGCACUCCCUCGCUGUACCACUUUCCUCUUAUUUUCCUUUUUCUUGAUCUUAUGCCAGCCAGCAUUGGUCAGAGGUGACUGCUGGCUCAUCGAGGGGGAUAAGGGUUAUGUGUGGUUGGCAAUCUGCAGCCAGAACCAACCACCAUAUGAGACAAUCCCCCAGCACAUCAACAACACAGUACAUGACUUGCGGCUUAAUGAGAACAAGAUCAAAGCCAUUUUUUUCACCUCCCUGAGUCGCUUCACAAACCUGACUGACCUCAAUCUCACCAAGAAUGAGAUCUCCUACAUCGAAGAUGGUGCUUUUGCAAGUCAGGCAAAUCUGCAGGUGCUGCAACUCGGAUAUAACAAGCUUACCAACCUGACUGAAGGCAUGAUGCGAGGUCUGGGACGCAUGCAGUGUCUUUUCUUGCAGCACAACUUGAUAGAGGUCAUUGCCACUAAUACAUUCUGGGAAUGCCCCAGUCUCAGCAACCUGGACCUGUCAUCGAACAAACUGGCCAGGUUGGACCCAUCCACCUUCACAGUUUUGGGCAGACUGAUGGGAUGUGAGCUUGCAGGAAACCCUUUCCAUUGCGGCUGUGAGCUUUACAGCUUUCUCACCUGGUUGGAGGCCUUUAAUAAUGUCACGCACACUUAUGAUCGCCUUCAAUGUGAGACCCCACGAGAGCUGUAUGGUUAUCCGUUGCUAAGUCCUGUUGGAAGUCGUGGGCGCAGUGCCCGUUAUUAUCUCUUCUCAUUGUGCCGAGGUGGGACGCUGAUUCCUGGCAUGACUUCCCUGCCACCCGACCCUGAAGUCUCAGGCAUGGAACCUGACACAUUGGACCCCUUCCAGCCAACAACUUCUUCGGAAAAUGCAUUUAGCCCCAGCAUCAAACUGCAACAUGUGUCUCUCUCCUCUGCGUCUCUUCUUAUUCGGAUUCCGAAUCCGUACAGCAAAAUGUACAUCCUCGUGCAGUACAAUCAGAGCUUUGUGUCAGAUGUGAUGAACUUGAAGAAUAAAAAGGAACUGAUCACACUCGAUAAACUUAAACCAAACACCAAUUACACAUUUUGUGUGGCCUCCAUACGGAACUCGCAGCGUUACAACCAUACAUGUUUAUACUUUUCCAGCCGAGCUCCUAACCCAGAUGACCUGAUGCCCCCACCUUCCACCACCACUCAUUACAUCAUGACCAUAGUGGGCUGCCUCUUUGGAAUGCUCAUUGUGCUCGGCCUUGUCUACUACUGCUUGCGAAGACGCCGUAGACAAGAAGAGAAAGAGAAAUCCAUCUGUGUAAAGAAAACCAUACUGGAAAUGCGCUACGGACCAGAGGUGGCAGCUGCGGUUGCAAACGAUCCCGCAGCUGUUCAAAAACUCCACGAGCAGAGCCAUCAUCAGCAUCACCAUGGCAAACUAGCCAUGUCCUCCUCUUCCAGCUCCGCCAUGCUUGGCCACGGAUCGGCCAAUACUAGCUCGUCACGCCUGUCCUCCAUCCCUCAAGUAGAAAAGAUGGCUACUGCCUUCUCUGAAGCCAUGGCCACUAAAGGAAACUACAUGGACAUUAGGACAUCUGCUAUUGGAGAUGACAGGGGGAGAGAUGGAGCUGUGGUACAUAGUUUGCGAGAGGAAGACUUCAGGGAGGAUGAUGAAAGUGACCUGGGUGAUGAUUCUGACGACGACGGGCGAGGAUCAGCUUCAGAGAUUUCGACCAUUGCCAUGGAAGUGGACAAAGUCAACCAGAUAAUCAACAACUGCAUUGAUGCACUCAAAUUGGACUGUGUUGCAGCAUCUAGCACUUCUACCACAACAAGUGGUCCCACAUCUCCCCCACCUACCUCCAGCUCCUCCUUGAUCAGAGGUCUCAUUCCCACUUCUAUUAGCAUCAAUGAUACAUGCCAAAUCCUGCCAUCCCCAAAAAUCCCUGCUCCACCUCCACUUCCCUUCACAGCUCCCCUUUCGGAAAGACCUGGGAUCACAGGGGGCGGCUUUAUGUCACCGCCAUACCGGCCUCCUCCCCCAGCGACCGCAGUAAGGCCCAUUCAAAGACAAAUGAGUGCGGACGCGGCCGUAAUUGUCUCCAAUUCCAAGAGGCACUGCCGCCCAUCCAGUGGGAAAGGAGGUCGUGUUUACAGCCUGGAUGUUCCAGAGCCUCUUAGCCCAGACCCCUGCCAAUAUACAGACAAGGGCAGCCCUGUGGGUUGUGGUGAGCCCCUGGAGAGGAUCCCAUUAGUAUGCGGCGGUGGAGGUGGGGGCUGUAACAUGGAUGGCGAUAUUGUAGAUGGAAUGGCCCUACAGCAGCACCUAGAGGUGCACCCUGACUACCACUGUGCGGAACAUCGUCACUCCGUCCCCGCUCUUUACUACGAGGGCUCUCAUGACUCCCCGGCUCAGAGGGUCUCUUUCCUGAAGCCUUUGUCGCGCACCAAAAGAGACGCUGCCUCUUACUCUCAGCUCUCUCCCAGACACCAAAAUUACUCUGGGUACUCCUCUAGUCCAGAGUACUCCUCUGAGAGCACAUUGCGGAUCUGGGAGCGCUUCCGUCCCAACCGAAAGGGCCCACGUGAAGAAUCCUGUUACGUCACGGCGGGAAACGCCCUGCGUAAAAAAGUCCAGUUUGCCAAGGGGGAGGACUUGCAUGACAUCCUUGAUUACUGGAAGGGUGUGUCAGCACAGCAGAAGCUGUAAUGUGCGGAACUGCACGGAUACACAUCGCAGGUCUCCUUCACUGCCUGAUUAACCGGAAGUGCAACUGUAGCGAGGAUGUUCGGUUAAAGCUGCAGUGUGCAAGAUAAAGUUGUGUAUGUCAGAGCUUGAGGACAAGUUGCUUUAAUCUGAUUUUGUACUGCAUGAGUCAUCGGCGAGCCAGAAAGAGAGUAAGAGAGCCUGAUAACAGACUAAAAACAUCAGAUCACAUUCACAGAGGUCUAAUUUUAGAUUGAAUAGUUUUCAUAUUAGUGAAGAUGGCAUGUCAGUGUUAAACAAAGUUUUACUCAUAAACUAAUUUAUUGUUCACAUCAACAGUAACACCAUGAGUCUUAGCCUGAGAUCUAUCUGUUUAUACUCUCCCUCAAAUCACAAGGCAUUACAUUUGUUUGCCAUUGUUGUACGUCCCAGUAAGCAAAUGAGUGUAUAUGUGUGUAUGUGUGUUUAGGGUAAAACGAUGUGCUGAUUUUCCUCAAACCUGUCAAAAACAGUCUCCCCCAUCCGUAUUCCACAAACUAUGUGAAGGGCAGCCAAAUUUACAUUUCAAUAGCAAUCCUAAUGUGAAAAAUAGAACAGAGGGAAAGAAAAUAUUUUAAAAUAAAAACAGAAGAAACUCCCAGGGGAGCUUUUGGAAUAGGCAGAUGUGUUUGCAGCCGCUUGCAGGGCACUGCAGAAGGGCAUAAAUAGUGCAUGGGGCGCUCGAGAAAAUAGUCUAGAUUUAUCAGGGUCAGUGAAAAGGCAUAGAUGGGUUUGAAGCUCAGUCCUCUCUCUCAUGCAUUAUUUUAUCAGAGGUUACCUUGUCACAUGUGUCACAGCAGGAGCACAAUGUUGGCAGCACAGGUUUAUGUAUUUGGUUCUUUUGGUCCAGGGUCAAUCUGUUUAGUUCAUUAAUUGGCUUUUGGAAGCCUGUUGCUGACAGCUGAGACACCAAACAUGCAAAAUGACCUAGACUCAGUUGUGGCUGUUUAAAAAUGAAACUAUAUGAGUCUUUUUAAUAGCUGGGUCUUAUUUAUUUUUCAUAAUAAUAUAGUAAUUUCCUGAAUGAAUACAUAUUUUGUCUCUUAUGAGAAUUUAUAUAGAAUUUAUAUAGUUUCUUCUGAUGCUCUACAUAGCACUUCAAUUUAAAUAUAGAUUUAAAUAUUAUACCAUAAUGUAAUAUUAAUGUUGUGAUUUAUUGUAAAAAUUACCAAUAUUAUUAACUGCAGCACUUUUAUUAGCCAUAAUUUAAUUUGUGUCUGGUUAGAUUAGACUAACUAAUUGGCAAUUAACCAAGGCUAUAUCAUUUACUGAUGUGGGAUAAGCAGCAAAGACCUCCAAUUUGAUUAAAAGAGAUCAAUCUCUCCUCAUCUCUCAGCAAACACAUUCAACCUACAGUUUCAUGGACCAAUAAACCAAAUAAUUAGAUUAGUGGCACUGUGGGAAAAUAUACAUGCGUUUUCAGUGCCCUCUCACAAGUCUGAAAUGACAGUUGGGGCAUCCAAAAGGCAAAUAAAAUGGAAUUAAUGGUGUUUACUUUGUAAUGAAAUGUAAAUCUGAAAUCCCUCCUUUAAUACACGGCAUAACUUUGACCUCAUGCCUUUGAGGAUGUUCACAGCACUGUGUUAUGAGCAGGUUAGCUUGAUUUGACAACCGGGGAAGCCUUUUUCAAAAGAGAAAAUCCUUUUACAUAUGGGGUUUUUAAAGGACCGCUGUGUUCCACAUCAGGUAUUUUUGUGCCUUCAGUAAUAGGGUCCAUUGUUUGCAGGAAUCAAGCGUUCAAGUUUUUGUCUUUUUUUGUUCAUAUUCUGUUCAUAUCUCAUCGAGGGCUUUUAUUGUAAAAUGCAUGUUCAUGUUCCAUCAUAUCCCUAGAUUAGAUCAAGUUUUUAUUGUAAAAACAUUACAGUGCCUGCCAACAUUAGACAUACACUCAGGCAUGAUGUCACUUUGCGCUCUCCUUGUGGGUUUUUUUAAGAUUUCAGUCCAUGAUAUCUUAUUUAGUUUGACAUGGAUGUUUUAGUCAGGAAUCAGGUGAUACAAUGUUGAAUGCUAAUUUACAGGAAUCUUGAUGGUUCAAAUACGAGGGACCAGCAGCAGCUAUAACACAUUGAGUACAGUGUAUUUUGACAUUACAUACAGAUCAUUUACAGUAGAGUGAACCCUAACUGGACAAACCGUUCUGGGGAAACUGAAAUGGACCCGUGAAAGACUGCUACCGGAGGCUUACUGUGACACACUCCUUACUGAACUGGAUUUUAAAACCCUUUGGAUUGAUCUUAAGGAACGAAACACACACUCCCCAUCAAGACUGUUUGUUUUUAUAACAGAACAAUGUGAUGCCCAGAUACUGUAUGUGUUUUUAGAUAUGGUUUUUAUCGUGCCUCUGAUUUACAAAAGCAUCAAAUGUAAAGAGAAAAGAAAAAUGCUCUCGUGUACAAAUGCUUGCCAUUCAUUUUUGCUAUUAACUGAAGGUUGGCUUAACAAGAGAGAAUUAAGGAAUCAGUGGGCAUGGCACCUUUAUGAGGUUUUCUGUUAUAUUUGAAUUGUUUAAGAAAAUGUAUAGUUAAUGUUUUCUUUAUAGUUCUUUGCUGGAGGAGUAAUAUUUUCUUCUCUCUGUUGUCCUGCUCAAGGGCCAUCUCACAAUCUUAUUUCACAUUCAAUUAAUGUUUCCCAUUCGUACAGUCUUAACAAACAAACCUAUUUAUUUCAAGUUAAGGUCUAAGAUCUUUUGUAUUAUCAGACCUUAAUGACUCCCUGUAUUAUAGUCUUCAACUGGCUUUAUUUGGUUAUAAUCUACUCGCUGUUUCUUUAAUUUGCCUAUAAAUCUUUGCUUGACAAAUCAACCCAGCUCAAACAAAGGACAGGUUUGUUAACUAAUUCGUUUGCUUUUUAAAAAUAUUAAUUUUAAAGGUAAUGGUAUUUUCUUCCCAUGUUAACUUGAUGGCAGUGAGUGGUUAGGGUCAGAGUUUUAUUUCUGCUCAUUUCCAGAAGUUGAAUAAUGCAUGUUUGUCUCUUACUCUGAAUCCUUUGCUGAAGUGUUUCAUGAAUUUCCUGCUUUACGAUUCACUGUCAACAUGAUUUUAUGUUAUAAAUUCAACAUUUAAUCAUG